AUGGAACAACAUGGCUCCGCUCUUCCAGUAGUUAGAAGACCAUCGGUAAUUGCUAAAAUAUUGGCACAUAUCUGUAACUCGGUACUAUUCUUAAAACAUAUGCCACGAGAAGGAGGUGGUGGUGGUGGUGUUGUUUGUGGAGGUGGUGGGAUAGUUGGUGAUGGUCCUGGACAGGUAAACCCUUGUGGCAUCCUACGACCAGUACAUGUUCUGAAGAAGAUGUUUAUAUUGGGAGACAUAGAGAAAGGCUUUGCUCCCACAGAUUUGCAUAGACAAGCAAGAUUAUCAAUGUCAGAGAGAUUACGGACGAUGGAACAACAUGGCUCCGCUUUUCCAGUGGUUAGAAGACCAUCAGUAAUUGCUAAAAUAUUGGCACAUAUCUGUGACUCGGUACUAUUCUUAAAACACAUGCCACUAAAAGGAGGUGGUGGUGGUGGUGUUGUUUGUGGAGGUGGUGGGAUAGUUGGUGAUGGUUCUGGACAGGUAAAGCCUUGUGGCAUCCUACGACCAGUACAUGUUCUGAAGAAGAUGUUUAUAUUGGGAGACAUAGAGAAAGGCUUUGCUUCCACAGAUUUGCAUAGACAAGCAAGAUUAUCAAUAUCAGAGAGAUUACGGACGAUGGAACAACAUGGCUCCGCUCUUCCAGUGGUUAGAAGACCAUCAGUAAUUGCUAGAAUGUUAGCACAUAUCUGUGACUCGGUACUAUUCUUAAAACAUAUGCCACGAGAAGGAGGUGGUGGUGGUGGUGUGGUUUGUGAAGGAGGCGAAAGUGUUGCUGGUGGAGGGGGUGGUGUGAUUUGUGGAGGAGGCGGUGGUUUGGUCUGUGGAAGAGGCGGAAAUGUGGUUGCUGGUGGUGGGGGUGGUGUGAUUUGUGGAGGAGGUGAAAGUGUAGUUGCUGGUGGAGGGGGUGGCAGUGGUAGUAGUGGUUGGGUUGUUGGUGGAGGCUGUGGUGUGGCUGCUGGUGGAGGUAAUGGUUGGGCAUUGGGUGGUGGUGACGGUGGUGGUUGGAUACUGGGUGGUGGCAGCAACGGCGGUGUUGGAUUACAAAUACAAGGUGGUGGAGGAGGACAUUGUACUGAAGAUGGAUAG